AUGUCUUCGUCGUCGUCGUCGUCCCGCCGCCCACCGCUCAAACCAGCUUCUUCUUCUAGCGCAAGUAGCAGUUCGUCCAAGAAUGCACGCCUGCCUCGCUCCUCGCACUCCUCCGAUGGCCCAUCCAUGAUCGACGAACCGAACGCGUUCGAGCUGCGACCUGUCUCCUCGCGCGAAGAAUUUGUUUCGAAAGAAGAGCUGGGAGACGAAGCUGGCGAGGCUGACGAAGCGUUGCUACAUAAUGUUCGACGCACAUCGCUCGACUCGGUUCAAAGCUAUGAAUUAUACACCCCAGAUGAGGACCGGGCAGUCCGCAGGAAACUCGAUCGCAAGCUAGUCAUUGCCAUGGCUUUUUUGUACAUGUUGAGCUUCUUGGAUCGGUCGAAUAUUGGCAAUGCGCGCAUAGCCGGCCUCGCAGAUGACCUGAAAAUUGACUCUGAUCAAUAUGAGUGGCUGCUGUGGGCUUUUUACAUGUCCUACAUUCUAUUCGAAUGGAUGAUGCUCCUCUAUCGCAUCGUACCGGCACACAUCUACGUCUCCGUAUGUAUCAUGUCCUGGGGAAUUAUAGCAUCGCUCCAAGCGGUAGCAACUUCGUUCACUUUCCUCUUCGUGUUGAGGCUCUUACUGGGUAUCGGUGAAGCCGCGUUCAGCCCAGGUAUACCCUUCUACCUAUCGUUCUUCUAUCGUCGAGACGAGAUUGCCUUUCGGACUGGGUUCAUUGUCAGUGCAAGUCCACUCUCGGCAUCGUUUUCCGGCGCUUUGGCGUAUGCCAUCACCAAAAUCGGGGAACAUAGUCCGCUCAGCCCAUGGAGAUUGUUGUUUCUAGUCGAAGGAUUUCCGUCUGUCAUAGCUGCUGUCUGGGCUUGGGACUUCAUACCAGACGGCCCAGGUCUUGCAAAGUGGCUAAGCCCGAGACAGCGCGAGGUGGCCGUGAUGCGACUAAGAUCAGAGAAGGAAGCCGAGGUCCAAGACGAUCAAGACGAGAAGUACCAGGGCCAGCGGAAAAGAGGAGGUAUCAAUUUCCGCGAAGUGCUCCAGACUCUGAAGGACCCAAAGGCCUAUCUAACGGCGCUCAUGUUCUUCUCUUGCAAUGUUGCGUUCAGCUCAAUGCCGGUUUUCUUGCCCACGGUCAUUCAGGAUAUGGGUUGGGAAUCAAUCACCGCCCAAGGCCUAUCAGCGCCUCCGUACCUGUUCGCAUUUAUUGUCGUGCUCGCAACUGCAUGGUACUCGGAUCGGCUGCAGACGCGCUCGACUUUCAUCAUACUGCACUCCCUACUUGCGACGGUUGGAUACGGCACAAUCGCAAUUGCUGGCUAUCUCGAAUCUGAGAACACGAUGAUUCGUUACAUAGCCAUCUUCCCUGCUGCUGCUGGAUUCUUUAGCGCGAUCACAUGCAUUAUAGCAUGGACGCUCAACAACCAAGAAAGCGACAGUAAGAAGGGUGCUGGGAUGGCCAUUCUGAAUGGGAUUGGACAAAUGGGGCCGCUGGUUGGCACAAGCAUCUUUCCCGACGAAGAUGCGCCAUACUUUGUCAAGGGUAUGAGCAUCUGUGCUGUGUUCAUGUUGUCUGUUGCGGUGUUCGCUGCGGUGUUAAGAUGGGUGUUGGUGAAAGAGAACAGGAAACUGAAGGAGGGCGGUAGCGCCAUAUAUGCAGGUGUGCCCCUGGAGGAGGAGAGGUUAAUCAUGGAAAAGUCCAAACCCACGCUGGACUCCCCAGAGCGGGCCAGUUCAGUGGCCUCCAGAGCAACGACAUCGCACGAAAGCACCAACCAGGACAAGUUAGAUGAUUUUGAGAAGGCCCCAACUGUUGUUGAAAGCCCGCAGAUGUCGCCGCUUGAACAUGACAACAGCUUCAAGCCGGAAGCUGACCUGGAAAAGCUGCCCCAUAGUGGGAAGCCCCGAAGAGAGUCUGAGUCUACGAAAUUUGGCGGUGAAGAGGAGAACCCGAAUGUAAAUGUAGCAUUCCAUGGACCGUCGACGCCCUCAACUGUGCACAAGAUCAAGGGCUCGACAUACCAGAAUGUGGGCGAAAGCGGCAUCAAGAGGAUGCACAAGUUUUCUCUCUACGAAACCAGUACCCGCUUCUACCUCAUCGGUGCCGACAUUACAGACAAGCAGUUUCGCGUGUUGAAGAUCGAUCGAACAGCUGCGCCGGGGCACUUGAACAUCUUCGAAGAUGAUAUAGUGUACAAUCGGCGAGAGAUGCACCAGCUCCUGGACACAAUAGCUGACGGCAACAAGGCAACCGGAGGCAUGAAGUUGAAAUGCAGUACUUGGGGGCUGCUGGGCUUCAUCCGCUUCACCGAGGCUUACUACAUGCUCUUGAUCUCUAAGAGAUCGCAAGUGGCUAUGCUAGGCGGUCACUACAUCUAUCAGAUCGAUGGGACAGAGAUGAUUCCUCUGACAACGGGUUCAACAUCUAAAUACCAGAAAGACAGGAAUCCAGAAGAGGCGAGAUUCCUGUCGAUUCUCAACAACAUGGACCUGACGCGGUCGUUCUACUUUGCGUACUCGUACAACAUAACGAGAAGCCUGCAGCAGAAUAUCAUCCAGCAGCGAAAUGCAAUGAACCAAGGCAUUACAAAUCCCGAUCGCGACUACCAGGAUAUGUUUGUCUGGAACCACCAUCUUCUCAACCCCGCGCGCGAUGCGCUGAAGAAUAUGUACGACUGGUGUCAUCCAAUCAUACACGGCUACGUUGACCAGUCUUCACUUGACGUGUUUGGUCGACGAGUGUAUCUCACCAUCAUUGCUCGAAGAUCUAGGUUCUUUGCUGGUGCUCGGUUUUUGAAGCGAGGAACGAACGACCUGGGCUAUGUGGCAAACGAUGUUGAGACUGAGCAGAUUGUAUCCGAGCAAACCACGACGUCCUUUCAUGCGCCUGGGCCAAGAUUAUACGCUAACCCCAACUACACAUCGUACGUGCAGCAUCGGGGUAGCAUACCGCUUUACUGGACACAAGACAACACUGGCGUCACACCCAAGCCUGACAUCGAUCUCAACCUUGUUGAUCCCUUUUACAGCGCCGCAGCCUUACACUUUGACAACUUGUUCGAACGAUACGGAGCUCCUGUCUAUGUCCUGAAUCUGAUCAAGGCUCGAGAACGAACGCCACGAGAGUCUAAGCUGCUGCAUGCAUAUAAGCACGCUGUUGAUUACCUGAAUCAAUCUCUACCCAAGGACAAAAAGAUACUGUAUGAGGCAUUUGACAUGUCUAGAGCGGCAAAAACAAGAGGACAGGAUGUCAUAGCCACGCUCGAAAAUCUUGCUGAGAAGGUGAUGCGUAAAACGGGUUUCUUCCGGAAUGGUGACAUCGAGUUUGAUGAGCCCCAAGUGCAGAACGGUGUCGCCCGAACAAACUGCAUCGACUGUUUGGAUCGAACCAACGCAGCACAGUUUGUCAUCGGGAAGCGAGCGCUUGGUCGUCAGCUGCAAGCUCUGGGUGUCAUUUCCGGGAACACUGUCGAGUACGAUUCUGAUUGUGUCGAGCUGUUUACGCAAAUGUUCCACGGCCAUGGCGACACCAUUGCAAUUCAGUAUGGUGGAUCACACCUUGUCAAUACCAUGGCCACAUACCGAAAGAUCAAUCAGUGGCAAAGCAGCUCACGCGACAUGGUUGAAAGCUUCAAGCGAUACUAUCACAACUCCUUCCUGGACUCGCAGCGUCAAGAAGCUUACAACCUAUUCCUUGGAUACUAUACCUAUUCACAGGGGCAGCCAAUGCUGUGGGACCUAUCAACUGACUACUACCUUCAUCACCAGAUGCCGCAAACGGCCCUUGAGCGAAAUCGACGAGACUAUAUUUACUGGUAUACUCUUGCGCAUCUUCAACAGCGCACGCUGCCCCCUUCGAUUAUGCCAGCACGGCCAUUGCAGGAGACUGCCUUUGACUUCAUCAGCUUCCGUGAUGACUAUUGGCUUGAGUACUACCGACCAUUGGCCAUUUCGUCUUACCUCAAGAUCUUUGCCUUCCGACUAGCCAAGCCACGGCCCGGACGCGACAGCAGGGACGGGACGUAUCCAACGCGGAAAGAAAACAUGUCCCCCUUUGUACCUCGCAAGAAGCAACAGGAGCUUGAUGCACAAGGACGAGACGAAAAGAAGGGGCUGCGAAAGGGUGUCACCAUCAUUGACCCAUCCAGCGAAACCGAAUCAAGGCCCAGCCGCUUCCCAGCGCACCGCGGAAGAAACCUACAUAUCAAUGUGCCCCAAGCCGACCAGCCUGCCCGACAAUCCAUCCUCCGGGAUCCGCACUUUGAAACCCACAUGUCAGGCUCCACGACAUCAGCGUACCAGUCACUGAACAACUCGACGUCAACAUCAACAGGGCUCUCAUCGACGCUCAAGCCAGGCUUCAAGCCAGCCGACAAAGCCCUCGUGCACCAAUGGACCCUCCGCCAAUUCUACGAGAACAGCAUGAACCCCUCGGUCGCACCAACCGAAGAAGACGAGUACUCGCGCUACAUCGAGCACCCUCUGAACCUGCCGCUUGUCGUCAGCAGCGACAUGCCCAGCGCCGACGACCCCAUCGCCAUGGGAUACUACGACUACCUGUCCGUGACGGACGGCAGCAUUUCCGCGCCCAAGGACUUUGACGAAGACGGCAUCCAAAUCACGCUGGCAGAUCACCACUCGCGCCACGACACCGACGCCUCGUCCGUCCGCUCGUUUGCCUCGCACGUGCGGCCCAUGACCUCGCAGUCCGUCAGCACGCCUUUUUCCCACGCCCCCUCGUACUCGUACCCGCAGUCGUACGGCCUGCAUCCCCACAUGCACAACGAUGUGCCGCCGCCGUCGCCGCACCCCCAUCACCACCACUACCCCCAGGCGUCUGGAACGAAAUUCCAGACUCCCGAGGAGGACAUUGAGGAGUUUGAGGAGUUCCUGCGUGUCAAGGAGAAUCCGCUUGAUGUCGAGGAGGAGGAUACGGGGAAGAAGCGGUACAAGGCGUAUCGGCAGUGGCUGAGGGGGAAGAGCUUUUUCAAGCAGAGCAAGGUAGAUCCAGAGUGGCAGAAUCAGUUGCCUAUGAGAUGA